CAAAGAAAAAUAAGGCAUUGUUGUGGUUAGAAUUAGAAGAUAUUAUGGUGUGCAUGUUUUCAGCUUUUUGUUUUUGAUUUUUUUUGUCAUUUCCUUCUGAAAAUAGCAGACGCAAACUUUACUCAAGUACAAACGAGUGUGGGCCAGAGGUUGGUGCUACCUUGCGCUUUAUUCAUCUGCGUCUAUGUGAAAAACAACUAGAGACAUGGAUAUGAUUCACAACAUUGUGCAUGUCUUUUCGUGUGUGUGUGUACGAUAGAGAGAGGUCACAUCUGUUUUCAGGCACAGAACAUGGGCUUUGUCAACAGCACUCUUCACUCUCCCUCGAAGGCAUGCUGAGAAGUCACCUCUCUCGGUUGAGUUCCCUCUCUCCUCGCGACAGCAGAGCCGCUUUUGCUUUCCUUCAGCACCACUUUCCAUCCUAUUCUCCCUCUCUCCCCUACAUCCCCGAAACGCUUACCAGCGAGCGUCAGCGCAGAGAGAUGACGAGCAAUUUGGGGAAAUAAAUCACGUUUCAGUGCAAUUUAUUCCUUCGAAAAAUAGAGGAUGAUGAGAACAUAGAAGAAAACAACAUAGGCAGUAAAGAAGGAAAAGGAGGAAACACAAAUUAUUAUAACACAACGCACAAGUUCGUCAGCGGUCCAGCUGUCGGCAUAUUUCAUUUAUUUCGGGUUAAUUGCACGUUUACUGUAGACUAGCUAUGUCGCAGCGGGAGGAUAUUGAAAAAGGCAGAGGGGGGUAGGCUGCUGAGAGAGAGGGAGAUAGCCUUGGCAGCACAUUAUUAUAAUGAUGCUGAGUGAGUGACUGAUCCACGCAUUCAAAUUGCGCUGGCGACUUUAAUUUGGAACUACAAUUCAGCAAGGGCAAUAUUUUAUUUUCGUCUGCUUCUGGAAGGCAUCGGGAGGAACCUGCAAAUUUCCCGAACAAUGCUCCAAGUGGCGCCUUUUAUCAGGCUCGGAAGAAAGAAAGCGGAGCAAAGGACGACUGCUAUAGAGAGAGUAACUGUGAAAGGCUGAGGCUACAGCGGCGCACCAAACGACAGGUGUGACUGGAGAGGGAUUUCAUCUCCUCUGAUCAACACAGAGAGGAAUCUGUCUCUACUUACGUCAGAACAGGUCGACCUAAAAAGAUUUUCAAAAGUUUCCAGAACGCUACCCUCAAAGAAGCAAGGCUGGAGUCGGCAUGAAGAUACCGAGUCUUUGAAUGGGACUGAGUAUCAUGUCUUAUGAUUGGCCUCAGUUAAUUAUUUUCAAAUACCAAAGCCCAAUAAUGGUUUAAUGCUCGCAAUGUUGUUUGUUCAAGAACACUUUUCUGUCUCCUAGAAGACUAAUAUAUGACUAAUAUAUAUACUAAUAUAUGUGGGAUUCAGUUUUAGUAAAGGAACUGAGGCAUAGAAUAGAAUAGAAUAGAAUAGGGCAACAGGAUCUUAGGCUAAACCUACUUUUAUUAUUUUUAGAUCAGUCGAAAUAUUCAGUCUCCUUAGUAUAUUCCAUCCCGUUCUGCCCAGCUCUGAGAGGGAAACGGAUGGGAUGAUGUGGACUCGAUUGGGAUAUGGCUUUGAGAUCAGACAUUCCGGGAAUCGAAGCGAGGGCUCUACUGAGAUAGAGCACACUCUGUUACUCCCACAGCCAGCAGCAUUUUCUCUGAAGGAUUUUUUUCUUGGGAAAAUCCAAGCCCACACCAAGGCCUAAGGCAAGUGUACAGUAGGGCUGCCUGGGAGCAGUCUGAAUCCUGGAGGUGGACUGUAUCUAUAUAUCCACUGCACCAGGACCCACAGGCUCCAGGGGAGACAGACUCACAGCUCCAGCUUGGACAAGACAAGGGCUGAAGGAGCCGACCUGAUUUGAGCUCAUCAUUAGGAUUCAAGGAGCUAAGACGUUGAGACCGAGAGGAAGGGAAGUUGAGACCGAGAGGAAGGGAAGUUGAGACCGAGAGGAAGGGAAGUCGAUUAUCAGCACCAUGGCGCCGGAGGGAGUGGCCGAGCUGCGUGAUUGGCUGUUCCUGCUGAUGCUCUGCCUGACUCUGUUGGCCGAGGUGCUGGAGGUUGCUGCAGCCACAGGGUACGAUGAGGAGGAAGACUUGGUGUGCCCCUCAGUGUGCCGAUGUGAUGAGGACUUCAUCUACUGCAACGACCGUGGCCUGAGCUCUAUCCCCCCUCUGCCCCUCUCUGCCACUGUGCUCUACCUUCAGAACAACCACAUAGACAACGCCGGGCUUCCCACCUCCCUGGAGCGACACCUAACCGUCCUAGUGGUCUACCUGUACGAUAACGAGCUGGAUGACUUCCCCAUGCACCUGCCCCCUUCCCUCCGGGAGCUGCACCUGCAGGAUAACAACAUCCGUACGCUUCCCCGCGCCACCCUGGCCCGCAUGCCACUGCUGGAGAAAUUGCACCUGGACGACAACUCUGUCUCCACCGUCAGCAUCGAAGACAAGGCCUUCGUUGACAACCCGCGGCUGCGUCUGCUCUUCCUGUCCCGUAACCACCUGUCCAGCAUCCCCUCUGGGCUCCCGGCCUCUCUGGAGGAGCUGAGGCUGGACGACAACCGCAUCUCCACCAUCCCCACCCACGCCUUCCGCGGCCUCUCCUCCCUGCGACGUCUCGUCCUGGACGGAAACCUCCUGGCCAAUCAGCGCAUUGCAGACGACACCUUCUCCCGCCUCUCCAACCUGACGGAGCUUUCCCUGGUGCGUAACUCCCUCCUGACCCCGCCAGUCAACCUGCCCAGUGCCCAUCUGCAACGUCUCUCCCUGCAGGACAAUGCUCUGAUCCACAUGCCCCGUGGCUCCUUGGACGGCAUGAGGAGGCUCCAGAGACUAGACCUGUCUGGCAACAACCUGACCACCCUGCCUCGGGGCCUGUUCAAAGACCUGGACAGCCUGGGACAACUGCUAGUGCGGGGGAAUCCCUGGCACUGUGGCUGUAACCUGCGCUGGCUACAUGACUGGCUGCACGCUAGGGGUAACUCCAUCACGGUGAGGGGCCUUACCUGCCAGGCGCCCGAAAAGGUCCGAGACAUGGCCCUCAAGGACCUGACCAGCCAGAUGGAGGAGUGUGAAGUCACAGGGGUAGUGCCUGCUGGGGCCGGGGCUGGAGCCACAGGCAGUGGGACCAGAGACAGAGUGGGUGGAGUAGGAGGAGUUGCUGCUAGUUCCACUACCCUUUCCCCUCCACAGGGCUCUCUCUUCACCCUGCGCUCCAAGCGGCCCGGCCUGGGGCUCCCAGACUCUGGUCUAGACUACACCCUGGGUAGCAGUGGAGUGGGUAAGAGCCUGGCCCUGAAUGUCAAGCCCCUGGCCCACGACAGCAUCCGUGUCACCUGGAGCGUGGCCCAGCCCACCUCCUCCUUUAGACUUAGCUGGCUGCGGCUGGGAACCAGCGCUGCGAUGGGCUCCAUCACAGAGACCCUGGUGAGAGGAGACCGCAGAGAGUACCUGCUCACCUCCCUGCACCCCCGCUCCAGCUACAUCAUCUGCAUGGUCCCCCUGGCAACCAGCUCCGGGGGUAAAGGAGCCAUGACAGCCGGAGACACUGACUCAGAUGAAGCUCCAGUGUGCGCUAAAGCUGAGACGUCAGACCCCAGUCAGCCAGAUGUGGGCCAGGAGGACAACCAGGACCCUGAACACAUGGCUACUCUGCCUCUGGCUGGGAUCAUUGGAGGAGCUACUGUCAUUGUUUCUCUGGCCCUCAUAUUCGCCAUCUUCUGCUGGUACGGGCAUCGGGCCGGACGCCUGUCUUCUCGUGAUCAAUACAGCCGUGGCAGCUCCAGAAAGAGCAAGCACUACGAUGACUACAUUGAGUCAGGCACAAAGAAGGACACCACCAUCCUGGAGAUCCGAGGCCCAGGGUUCCAGAUGACGCCCAUGGUUACCCACCAGCCGCCCAAGCCCCUCCGGGAGGAUUACAUCAUCCACACUAUAUUCCCCUCCAAUGGCACCGGCCUCUACAAAGGUGCCCACCAAGUGUCCAAUGCAGGGUAUGGCACCAACCGUGGCUAUAGAGAAAGAGGGAUCCCAGAUAUAGACUACUGUUACACGUGAUAGUCCUGGCCCGUUCCACACUGUUCUAGAUGUACUGUAUGGAUACUGUAUUUUGUCCGCAUGGGUUCUUCUGAAGAACCACUUUGUGCCUUCCUCUUCUAGUCUCCCAUUCCAACUAAGCCAGCUGUUCACUGCACUGACACUAUUUGAAUAAUUGGCUGGGAUGCCUGCAGGAAACAGCUCGUUGGUACACAGCAGCAGGAGCGAACGAACGGCCCAUUACAGGUGUUGAUACAGACUGCUUCUUCACACCCUUAGUAAUGAUCAGUGGAUGUUUUCUGUCACUGCUCCCUUUCUCAGUGAGACAAGAGAGAAGAAUGUGCACUCUGUGUUGAAACGGCAGGAUAUUUUCACUUACGGUACAGUUCCAUUCCAGGGCUUAUGUAUGGCAAGCCUCAUGAGACACUAAGAUAUAAGGUUAAAAAGUCCUGAAAGAGUCAGAGAGACAAACUUCUUAGAUACGCAUCACUUGCCCACUGGCCAUAUUUUGCCCUCUUCUCUCAUCCGUUUAAAUGCCUCAACUAUCCUGAUGUGCCCAGUUUGUCCUAUCAGUUACAUGAAGACAGGGCUCUGUAAAGCUGUGACUAGCAGACUAGUUGUGGCCUGAUCCAGUGGUUCCACAGGGUGAGGGUCUUGUCAGGGGUGAGGGUCCUUGAUGACUUUCACAAGGUUCUAUAACGGAACAAUGCAUUGAAUUCAAUGCAGCCCAGGCUUGUAGAUACUUGACUUAGAUAGACAUCCACUGGACUGUGUUUGGAGAAGUCAUUGUUCCCUGCUUGUUUCUUUGAUCAGUCCCUCACUGCUACCCUUAUUUAUUGGUUUUGUUUUUUGUGAUUUUUUUUUUUGGGGGGGAUGACUCACACUGGACCUUGACUUUUGUGAUGGGGAAGUUACUCCUUCGUUCUUUUUUUUGAGCAAGAAGAAGAUACAAAACACCUCCUGAGGUCCAACUGAUGGUUAACAUUUUCUUGACUGCACCAGCUUGAAUGUUUAUGUACACCUCUUUUUAAUGACACUAUCUGAAGCAAAAGAUACAUUGUACGAUUACUAUACAGAAGUUGGUUAAUAAUAGAGCCCCCCCCAACUGACAAAUCACUCUUUUGAGACACAAGAGUCCAACCUCCAUUCUCCCUCUUGUGCCUGUGUACUUAUCCAGUUACCUUAGAAGGUGGUGGUAUUCGGUUGAGAAGGGGAGCCUCCCUCACUCAUUCUGUGUUGUUCCCCAGUGGGCCGAUUCCCAACAGGACAGAGGACUUCUGUGGAGCAUCCUGUGGACAGACACAGCAGUCGUAAACAUGAAUUGGGAAAAUGAGUGUGUAAACAGCGAGAUAUAUCAGGUAGAUGAUCAAAACCAUAACACUGUGGACCUGCACUGUGGGAGGGGGUGAGGGAGGUGAAGGAUCUGAGGUGGGGGUGAGGGAGGUGAAGGAUCUGAGGUGGGGGUGAGUGAGGUGAAGGAUCUGAGGUGGGGGUGAGACGACAGUGGGGGAGUUUUAUUUUACUUUGUGUAGGUACUAGUGAUAGUCCUUAACUCAGUCCACUUCUCCUUCCAAGUAGCACUACAAAUGUAAAUGAAUCAGCACUUACAGCAACGUAAGAGGGAGGGAGGAGGGCAGAGAGAUAGACCUUGAGAGACACAGAGGAAAAGCGAGAGACAGAUUCAAAUGCAGAAGACGGCACAGAAAUGAUGGCUCUGGAACGACGGAGUUCAUCCGUGCAUAAACCUAUUUGUCAUACCCUGCUACUCCACAUUGCUGUAAUAUUUUCCAUUGCUUGUUUAUCACUUUACUGUUUCCAAGGUGGAAACGAAUCGUGCUUCCUUGGCUGUUCUGUCUGAUAGGAUUUCAUAGUAGGCCGAAUGUCAGACAAUAUGUCUGAGGAGUGUUCAUUUUAUUUUAAAUACAAAAUGUGAAACUGGAACAACCAACAUGGUUGGUGGCAGGUUUAUAUUUUGGAAAAUGUUGAUAGAAAUUAUAGCAAUUUAAUGUUAUUCAUUUUAUGCUGUUAACAUGACAAUCACUCAUUUCCACUUUGAGAUACCAUCCACACCUGUCUCUACAGGAAAAACAAAAAUACUGAGCCUUUUAAAAGUGUACAAUUUUUUGUGGUAGUGUCCCUAUUAAGUGUACACCUGCUUAGAAAUCCAUUCUUACAGAGGGGUCACAAUUAAAGUAUAAUCGAUCACAUUACAGCAACAAUGUCGCCAUUUCACCUCAUGCAAGAGUACAAAAAACUGUUAAAAUAUAGUUUUCCUGAUCUGAAAGUAACCACACAUUGGGGUAUUAGUGAGGGGAAGAAUCAUAUCACAGGUAACCAGCUUACAUACAGAAACCAGGCCUGCAUAUUUCACUGUUAAUUCCCUGUCACCUCUAUUACUCCCCCACUCUUCUAUAAAACACAUUGCAUUUCUUUGGUGUGCAAAUAUUGUUCCUAGUUGAGCUUGCAUGCCUCGAUGUGUAUGUUUGGGCAAAAUUGAGAGAGAGAAAGUACCAUUUCAGCUGACACUUUUAUACAUUUUCAUACUGGUCCCCCAUGGGAAUCGAACCCACAACCGUGGUGUUGCAAGCACCAUGCUCUACCAACUGAGCUACACAGAACCUUAGUAAGUAUGCAGAUUGUGUGCACUGCCAUAAGAGCAGGCAGCACUUCCGGUCAUUUUGUUUAGUUAUUUUGACCCUCUGCAUAUUUUACUGCUCCUGCUGACUGGACCAGCAGUUGGUGUGUGUGUGUGUACUGUAUGUAUGUGUGUGUGUAGUGUGUGUAGUGUGUGUGUGUGUGUGUGUGUGUGUGUGUGUGUGUGUGUGUGUGUGUGUGUGUGUGUGUGUGUGUGUGUGUGUGUGUGUGUGUGUGUGUCAAAUCGUGUGGCUCCUGAACGAAUCAGAGUAGCAGUUGUUCCACCUGCAGCCCAUUAACACAGACGUCUCCUCCCCUUGCUCUAGCUUCACAGAAAGACCUUGUUUGCCGAGUCGGUGUUUCUGUCAAAAGAAUAUACUUCUUCUGUCUGUGCUCAGACCGAUGCGAACCGCAUGAUAACAGAGAGCGCAAACGGGGUCAGCUUGGGAGUCGUCACCCAGCACACUUUUGUUUAAGCUUUCCGGGUGAAAUGGUGCUCUCAUCAUUUAUCAUAAUUAUCAUCCUUUAUUGCACAUUUAAAUCCACAUUCUGCGCGCUCUCUUCAUGCCCCUUCCCUUCGUGGAGUGCCCAUCACCCAACCCACACAGGAGGUGGAUGCCUUUGGUAUGCUGAGUGGAUCCAGGUUUCAGGCGCCAACUAACACAAGGGUCCGUGGUUUGAUGGUUUAAGAAUCAGAGCGAGGAAUUAUUUUGACUGUUAUCAGUAGUGUGUUUUCUGUUCUUUUUUUUGGUCUGCCCUUACAUAUUUUUCCUGUGUACUUUUUGUAGGUUGCUGCUGUUGAAACAUCCUCCUUUGUUGGACUCUGUGUUAUACUGAGGAACAAUUAACUAUUUUGUAUAAAGAUGUCUCUUUUUCUAUGUGAUUAAAGGAGACGUGCAAAGCCUU